AUGAGAAAGCCAACUUCAUCUACAGCUACAGCUGAAGCAGCGGCAGCAGGACGAGGACCAGCGGCAAAAUCUACUCCGUGUUGCAUCAAGGUAGGGUUAAAGAGAGGACCAUGGACACCUGAAGAAGAUGAACUUCUAGCUAACUAUAUCAAGAAAGAAGGUGAAGGUCGGUGGCGAACUUUACCCAAGAAAGCUGGUCUUCUCCGCUGUGGCAAAAGCUGCCGUCUCCGCUGGAUGAACUACCUCCGCCCUUCUGUUAAACGUGGCCAGAUCUCCCCUGAUGAAGAAGAUCUCAUUCUCCGCCUCCAUCGCCUCCUAGGCAAUAGGUGGUCAUUGAUAGCUGGGAGAAUCCCAGGGCGUACAGACAAUGAGAUAAAGAAUUACUGGAACACUCACCUGAGUAAGAAGUUGAUAAGCCAAGGAAUUGAUCCAAGAACCCACAAGCCUCUCAUCAAUCCUCAAUCUUUUGAUCAAUCCAAACCUUCUUCGUCGAAAGCGAACCACCUGCAAGAAAGCCUAAAAGAGCCUAUUAAGAUUGCUUCUUCUGGUUUGGAAGAAACUACCAGUGGCAGUGCUCACAUAAUCAGCAACAAAGAGAAUGGGUAUUUUCAAAACAACAGUAAUGCACACCUGGGUGAUCAGUAUCACACGGACCAUUUUAUUGCAAGUCGUGGCUACACAAGUUUGCUGAAUUAUGAUGGUUCUUUUGGGACGGAUUUGAGAGGUAAUCAAAGGCUUGGUAAUGGAGAAGCUGAAGAUAUCAAUUCUGGCACCGAAGAUGUGUUUUCCUUCCUCAAUUCACUCAUAAAUGAGGAGGCUUUCCAACAACACCAGAUCUUUAACGAGCCUAAUGUGAAUAGUGCACCAGCCAGUACAGAUCCUUCGUUUCCAAUUGCUGCCACAACAUCAUUUGGACUUAGUACUGGCUGGGAAUCUACUCUCAUGCCUUCUGCUCUUGAUCAAAAUGAUUCGAAAUAGGGUUUAUGAUCACCGUGUUGAGUAGUCUAUCAUAGUCAUCUUUGCUUUUAUCAAGACAUGAAAUUACACCUGGUAAUCAGUUUACAAAAACUAAAAAUCUAGGAUUUGGUUUGUUAUUUUAUGUAUUCUACAUAUCUACUGUUAUUGUUUUACUUCAGCAUCCUAUUUAUCAUUUGCUGUUGUGUUGUAUUGGUGAGAACAUAAACUAUUUUUUCCUGUAUCCAAAAUAUUACCCAAGCAAUGUAUGAGAUUAUAGAUUGGUGUGUA